UGGGUAUUGGAAUCAAGCUUCUAACCUUCACCGCGGCACAGAAAAGUUUGUAAAGGCAACUCAAAACUGGGGAGCAAAAAUUUCCUAUUUUUAUGUAGGAGAGGCACACAGCCUGCAUCCAUCCUUGUUUACGCCCAGGGAUUGCUUGAAAAGGCUUGAGGUUUUUGCUUGCUGAAGCUGGCAGUCCCACGGCACUAUCAGCUCCACCUCCUCGUUUUGCAGCCGGGCCUCGUACAUGUAAACCUGUAUGCAAUUUAUAUGUACACCCGUAGUUAAAAACCCUCCGUGUCGGCCCAUUUCGUGCUCCCAAACCCCCGGAGCGUGGCGGGGAGAGGCGCUCGGCAGCGGCAGGACGCGGGUGCCGCCCAGGCGCAGUUCCUAGGAGGCCUCGGCGGGGAGUGGGACGGGAACGGGGUAGGUUCUGGAUGUAGGAAAUAUGAAUGACUGGCAGAAGAAGAGCCCUCUAGACUGGGAAACGUAUGUGAACAAAUUGGUGAAAGUUGUUGCGAUUGAGAAACAUGAAUAUGAAGGAUGGGUUUUAACAGUUGAUCCAGUUUCUGCCAGCAUUGUCCUUGCAGCAUUCCCGGAGAGUGAAAAGGUGUCCAUUUCAGUUGUCAUGGGCCAUGCUGUCCAAGAGGUCGAAAUACUGAAAGAAGGGGACAGUGAAAUGAAGCAACGCCUUUCUCGCUUAUUCACGUCUAAGGAAAGCAAAGCCUACAGCCUAGAGGAACUGGAGAAGAGGAAGAAUGAUUUGAAGACUUGGCUGGAAACAAACCACAUUCCCGUGGCGGAGCAAGGGGAGUCGGGCAGGACACUGUGUGUGGCGGGGGUGUUAACAGUUGACCCCCCGUAUGGCCCCGAGCAGUGCAGCAGCUCCAAUGAGAUCAUCCUGUCCCGGGUUCAAGGUUUGGUACAGGGUUAUCUGGAGAAACAACAGUGAUGUCUGCUGUUUAAAGCAGGAUUUGUCUUUAGGAAUGGGUCUACCUGCCGUGUUUUAGGAACUGUGCUGGGUGUCAGUACUCACUGUUUGCAAAAGUGCUGGUUUUAGAUACUUUUGUCUGAUUUUUUUGGUAUGUAAACAAAGGGAUAAAACAAGCAGUGUAAACCAAAAGCACAAGCAUUUUUCAUGCACUAUUUUUUAUUAAAAGCGAACCGUUAGAUAAUGAUGCUGUAUUAAGCUGAUUUAUCACUUAAUAUAUCAAUUUAGUAUUUUUGUAACAGUAUUGUGAAAGGUGAUAUACAAUAAAUUUAACUGUGUUUUCCUCUGCCUUUAAAUUUGAUUUAUUAUCUAGUGGUGUAGGUAUGUUUAUUUGAACUUCUUACCAGAUUAUUUUUUCUUCUUUUUUUUUUAGAAAGAGAAUUGUGACACUCAGAUUUCCAAACCAGAUUUUAAAAAGUUAGUUCAGAAAGCUGUUUUGUUUCGUUGUUGUAGUUGUUUAGUUGUUGUUUGUUUUCCUCACAACUGUUCUUGUUGUUAGAACAUGAAUUAUAAUGUUGUCCAAAUUUGUAAAAUUAUUAGGGAAGGUUAGCAGGCAAAGUGCAAGUUUUAAAACCAUUUAAAAGCAUUCCCUAUCUGUAUUUGUUAUUCUACAGCAGCAGUGAUUGGAAAACCAGUGUUCUGUAAAACAAGAAUUUCCUGCAAUUCA